UUGACUUCUCCGGCGAUUUGGACGGCGGCGUUCGGCGAAUCCGGGAGGCGGUCGAGGGGCUGGACGUGGGAGUGCUGGUGAACAACGUGGGGGUGACUUAUCCGUACGCGAGGUUCUUCCACGAGGUGGAGGAGAAGCUGCUGGCGGAGGUGAUAAAGGUGAACGUGGAAGGGGUGAGUAAGGUGACUCAGGCGGUGUUGCCGGGGAUGGUUCAACGGAGGAGAGGGGCGAUAGUCAAUAUUGGGUCCGGCAUGGCGGCAGCCAUCCCUUCCGCUCCGCUGCACGCUCUUUAUUCUGCCUCCAAAGCAAAGUAAUGGGCCCUCUUGUGCACGUUCUAAGGCUAGACGAUCAUGAGAAAAAACCCGAAACGGGAUACAUUUAUGAAGCAAUGAGUCGAGCCAAGGAAGCAAUUCAGAAUUCUUUUCAAGGAAAUGAAAGGAGAUACAAAAAAAUAUUUGAAAUCAUUGAUUUAUGAUGGGAAACUCAACUGCAUCACCCAUGCCACUGGUCAUUAUUUGAACCCUUCUUUCUACUACAACAACCCAAGAAUGGACCUGGACAAUGAGGUUAUGCAAGGGCUUUAUGCGUGCAUUGAGAGGCUUAGUGAAAGUGAAGAAAUUGGAGAUAAAAUUUCAUGUGAGCUGAAUGCUUAUAAGAGAGCUGAAGGUCCCUUUGGGUUGAAGCUGGCAGUAAGGCAAAGAAAGAGAUUCUCAUGGUCCCGGUGAAUGGUGGAGGAACUAUGGAUCACAUACACCAAAUCUUCAAAGGCUUGACAUAAAGAUCUUAAGUUUGACUUGUAGCUCAUCAGGAUGUCAGCGCAAUUGGAGUACAUUUGAGCAUAUAUGUUGAUCAAUUUUCAAGAUGUCUGCACAUGGAGUACAAGAAAAGCGGGAUUGAUAUACAAUGUCAGGUGCCCUUAUAUGUGGCCACAAAAAUGACAUCAGUCACAAAGUCUUCAUUUUUCAUUCCAUCUGCGGAAGGCUAUGCUCGGGCAGCGUUACGUUGGAUAGGAUAUGAAUGGAGGUGCACUCCUUAUUGGCCUCAUUCUCUUCAAUGGGCUCUCAUCUCACUAUUGCCUCACUCCAUUGUUGAUACGUGCCGCUUUAAAAGCUGCCUUGCAAUUCGAAAGGCUGGACAACAAAAUUCAAGGAGAUGCAAGUGAUAGAUCAGAUCAAAUAAGAUUACAUUGAUCAAUACAUUCCAGUAUGUAUAUUUACAAAAUAUAAAUUUUCAAUGGAAGUCAUUUUCAAUGGAAUUUACAUCUUCUAUUGCUUUGAUAAAUUAUGUGUCCAUAAAUGUAUCAAAAUUAAUUAAUCACACCAAUUAAUAUGAUUUUAGUCAAUCAAGAAGAAUUUGAGGUGAACCAUUUUCCAAAAUUCAUUGCCCUUAAGGCCGGACACGAUGACCUAG